GCUUCCACUCUUUGGUUCUUGUCUUGCCCUCGGGUGCUCUGGCGAACGAAUCACGUUUGGGAAUAUGAUGCUAAAAUAUUCCUAAUGCGUCCCUUCGGUUUUAUGCGAUAGGAGCGGUUCCGCAAACUCCGGCCCGCCUUUUACGCCCUCCCGCGUGGGUACCGAAGGUGGAAGCGAGCAGUGGGGCGACCUCAGCCGCCCGGUGGCCCGUCUCUGUGCCAAAGUUUAGAAGUUCUUCUGAACGCCAGGAAAUGGCCGCUCGCCUGUUUGAGGAUAAAGAUCACGCUGCUGUCUAUCAGAAAUACAGGUUCUCGCUUCAGGAGAAUUUGCAGGGCGUGAUCCUCGCAUACCUAGAGAAAAAGGUGAAUUGCUUCCAGCUGGGAGUGGACGUGGGAUGUGGUUCAGGUCAAAAUACUCUCCUGCUGGCAAAGUAUUUUGAGAAGGUGGUUGGAACAGAUGUAAGUGAAGCUCAGAUUGAGGAGGCCAAGCGAGCAACACAUCCUCUAAAUGUCUCAUAUCUCUUCGCUGUUCUCUCCUAUAGCGCAUGUCCUGCAGAGAAAUUGCCUUUUGAGGAUCACUCUGUGGAUCUCAUCACGGCCUUCAGUGCUGUGCACUGGUUUGAUGUCUCCAGCUUCAUAAAGGAAAUGGACCGGAUUCUCAAACCAUCUGGCUGCUUUAUCUUGUGUUCCAACACCCUUGAUUUGCAAUUGCACUACAGAGGUCAGUCAGAGAAACUGACGGAGAUUUUCAAGGAGAUUCAAACCCAGCUUAUUCCUUAUACAGAUGAAAAGGUUAAAUUAGUUUUGUAUGACUACAAAGCAAUAUUUGAUGCUCUGCCCUUUCAGGAUAAGGAAAGAAUCACGGAUAUUGUUGAUAAAGUCUCCAUGAGUGUUUCUGAAUUCCUGGGAUAUAUCCAGUCCUUUUCCAUGUACCGCACUUUUCUAAAAGCCCAGCCUGAGGCAGCCAAAUCUCUCAUCCAGAACACUGAACAAAGGAUCCUGGAGACAAUGGGAGUUUCUUCACAUGAAACCAAACUGGAGGUUUGGACUCGACAAAUUUGCAUUCUGGGUAGCAGGAGCCGUUAAAAGUAAUUUUGGUCUGUCUUAGGGAUGCCCCAGCCAGAAAAAAGAAGCAAUCCAUAGCAGUGCCAAGCUUCACUUCAGUGACUACUACUUUUGAAACAACUUUCCUUUAUAUAUGAUUUAAAAAUUUAAUAAUUUUAUUAAAAGUUUUAAAGAGAAGAUAAAAAGUGACAAAAACUAA